UAGAAUUUGAUUUUUUAUAUUUCAGAUCGAUCACAACAUGUCAUCUCUUCGUGCUGGUAAUUCUGGAGAUGAAACCAUUUUCUACACGAACUUGAAGUUAUUAGGGUUUGAAGAAAAGGAGAUUACUCUGAAACCAGAUAUGUUUGAGUAUUCAAAUCCGAAAGGAUUUCAACAGGUGACCCACUUCCUAUUAUCUCUAUUAAACCUUGAGAGGAGUAAAUCUGAGUUUAGAGACUGCUGGCCUCCUCUAGACAAGAAACAG